AUGGUCUCCUCCGCCCAGAUCCUCGAUCGCGUCGCACCUAACCAGAGUACCCCGUCGGUCGUGUCGCGACACUCCCAAUCCCACUCCCAUUCCAACAGACGACAUCGAUCCGGUCGCUCACAUCAUGGAAGUGCCCCUCUCCAACCCUCUUCCAAUGAUUUUCCCGUCUUCGCAUAUACCGGCGAUACUGAAAUCGUGAUUCGUGCCGGAUCGCAGGAGAAACGCUACCUCCUACAUCGAUUGAUCCUGGCGCAAUGCUCGGGGUUCUUCGAGACAAGCACAAACGAGGAAUGGUCGCAACAAAUCACUACCGGUCCUCCAAAGAUCGAUAGCUCCCUAUCACGCCUAACCGAGGAAGACUCCUUGUCGAGUGGUUCUACGGUGGUUCAGUCAGACGGGGGUGGACAGCCAGUGCGACCAGGAGAGAAGCGCCGUUGGCGAUAUGAACUUGGCUGGGAGAGUUGUGCGCAAGACGAAGUACCUGUCUUGGUUCAAAGGCAAUCGAGCUUCUCCUCAUUCUCCUCCGGCCACUCGCCUCCAUUCUCGCAGGCAAUAACAAAGCCAUCUAAUUCCCAAGCGGGAUUCUUCCGUUCCAUGGCUAACCUAACGGGCAUGCCUGCGCAGUCGGUGGUUCAUUUGCCUCAAACUGCUGGAGAUCCGAGUAGUACCUUUCCUCCCUUAAUCCAGGACUACGACAACUUGUUCCGUCUCUUCUACAAUCACACGCCCAAUAUCAACAGCGUGAACAUCGCCACGGCUUAUACAGAGUGCAAAUCUCUACUCGCCUUAGCAGACAUGUACGAUGCGCUACCAGUAACCGGGCCUCGUGUUGACCAUCACCUCUUGGGAUUCGGCUCGCGACUCUUCAAACAAAUCGCCAAAUACCCACCAAGCUACCUCAAGUUAGGCUAUCUCGCACGCAGUCGAGUGAUCUUCUCCGAAGCCUUGGUCCACGUCGUAGGUCAAUGGCCCGCGGCCUUGCCCAACUUGCGCAACGGCUCAUACGCGCCUCUCCCAGACGCUGUUCUUGAUCUGAUCGAAGAUAAGUACGAGGAUCUUGAGGAUCUCAAAGCGCGUGUGGAAUCUAAACUUUUUCGCCUGUCAUUGACCACUUCUCGUGGUGAGCGUGUUGGGCCAUCAAACGCGUAUCUGGACUGGUUGGCUGUCUCACUCUUCCGCCAAUGGUUAAUUGAAAGCACAACCCCUCCACCUGCGCCAAUUCUCAAGAAUUCAACCAACGCCAACCGUGCUCCUCCUCCAAUUGGACAGGGGUCUCAAACCGGAUCGUCCAGACCGACCGCACCUGCAGACCCCUCUGCUCGAGUGUAUAGAUUGAUCGGGUCUCCCUCGCCACAAGCUUAUCUGCCUCAUGACGAGAUCAAACGCUUUCUCAAGCUCCACCCGACCCCUUCUGCUGAUUCACUCUAUUCAAGAGAGACUCUGAAACGCUUCGAACGCAAAAUGGACGAAAUUAAACGACUAGCUCGAGAAAUCGUGAAACCGCUUAUGCGGAACUUCCUCGAAUUGGAGCUGAAGACUAGCACUGAACAGAGCACCACUACCGUUGGGGCUCACGAGAAGUACUCCCACGCCGGGCUUGCUUUAUUUAACUUGCACCCGCGUGGAAGAGAGUGA